AUGCCACGUUCCUUUUUGGUAAAGCAGACAAAGGUUGUUGAUUUCUCCUUUCCAGGCACUUACCAUCAGAAGAACUGGGACAAGUGUGCUGUAACACAUGCCAUUGCAGAGUCAGCCACACGACUGGCAACACGCCUGAGUGAAAGCGGAUAUAUCCAGGACUAUGUUAUUCCAUCUCUGCAGCAGAGAGCUGAGCCGUCCUGUGAUGAUGAGGCUCCACUGCACUCGUCCUAUGGCUCUGCGGGCAGUGCAGUAGAGGAUUUCUCAGACCAUGACAUGGAACAUCCCGACAGCCCAGUGUCCAGCUGUACAGCCCAGUCAGACAGCAGCCUGGAAACAGCCUGUUUUACUUCAGACCCACACAGCACCCACAGGUGCUCCCAGGGCAAAGCCAAGGGGCUGGCUAAAGGCCAUUAUAAGUGCAAUGAGUGUGACAAGUCCUAUGCCACCUCAUCCAACCUAAGCCGACACAAGCAAACACAUCGCAGCCCGGACAGUCAGCAGGCCCGCAGGUGUCCCACCUGCCACAAGCUGUACGUGUCCAUGCCAGCACUGGCCAUGCACCUCCUCACCCACGACCUGAAGCACCAGUGUGCUGUGUGUGGGAAGUCAUUCAGUCGGCCCUGGCUGCUGCAGGGACACAUGCGCAAGCACACAGGUGAAAAGCCCUUUGCCUGCUCACACUGUGGGAAAGCCUUUGCAGACCGCUCCAAUCUGCGUGCUCACAUGCAGACGCACUCUGCCUUUAAACACUACUCAUGCACCCGCUGUCACAAGAGCUUUGCACUCAAGUCCUACCUCAAGCACCUGGAGUCAGCCUGUCUCAAAGCAGACUGA